AUACUACCCUCUUCGCCUCUUAGUUUCUAUCUACAUACGUAAACAACCAUGAAUCCAGCAACAGCAUUACCCAUGUUCGCUUUAGUCUUCUCUUUGGUUAUUGCUGCAGGUGCUGAAUCACUGGAGAAAUCCUCAUUCAAUUUAUCAUUGAUAGAAGAGGCAGAAAAAGUGUUAGUGCCAGUUGUGGAAACAAAAAUAGAGUUUAGAGAUAUCGGCGAUGUCUUUGGACGACGAAAACUAGGUGAUUUCCCAAAGUGUCUAAUCUGCAGGUGCUGUGAUAAAUCUGAUCCGAAGAGCUGCUUUGAGAAGAAUUGUUGUUAUCGUCUCAAAUGCAGGUUUAUCGCUUGUACCUGGGUGCCCACCGCUUGCAAUUGUGAUAAUUGCAAGACAUAUAUAUGAUUAUAUAUUUUACUUUAGAAGUAUUUAGAAAGAAUUUAUUAAAAAAAUGUAAAACAUUUAUAAUGGAAAAGUUGAGCAUGUAA